GAACAGUAUCGUUCAAACCGUUGUGAGGGGAGGACGCACGUGUCUAUGUCCUCCUGAAGUUUCGUUACGAAAAUAGUAUGGUGCAUUUUCGAUAUCUCAAAUGUUGAGUGUGUGACAUUAUUACUUGUGCGAAGUGCUUAUUUGGAAUUAUAUGACAGAAUUUUUUUUUAUAUUUUCUGUGUAGUUGAAGGAUUUAUACUAAUAUUGCAGUGUGGCGAGUGUUAGUAAUAAAUAUGUGGUCAAGAUGAAGUUGUGGAAAAGCCUUAAGAUAUCAAUAGGCAAAACCGAUCCUAAAAACUAUCCACACGGACUUCCGCAGUGGGGACAGGGCUACGAACUAGAUGUUUUCAAAUCUCAGACCUCCUUAUCAACGGAUUCGGGUCUCUGUACAGAGAGAGGUCUGAGACGGACACAUAUUGAACUAAUUAAACCGCCGGGGAAACGCAUCGGACUAAAACUGGCAGGUCGUUCCGAGCCGGGCGUAGUUCCAUCAAUAGUUGGGUUCACGAAAGACUCGGUAGCAAAUGAUUCGGAUCGAUUAGCUCCAGGUGAUAGAAUAUGUAGUGUUAAUGGUAUCUCAACAGCAAGAUUAACUAAUGAUGAAGUACUGAGGUUGUUAGAUAAUGUGGAAGAAAGGGCAUCGUUGGAAGUAGAAUACUAUAUGCCAAACUAUGCUUCACAGAGUUCUCUUUAUAUUACAACCAAGCUAGCAGAGGUACCGGUUGAAAAAAUAAAUGGCUCUCUGGGAGUAACAAUACGAGGUGGUUUACCCGAAAACUCAUCGUCUAGUGCUGAUUUAGUUUUAAACAGCAGGUCUCUAGAUGCAUUACCUUUAGUCGUCACUCAUAUUAGGCCAGGUGGUGCUGCCUAUAAUACGUCUAGGAUAAAACCUGGCGAUAGGCUUUUAAAAGUCGACCAUAUCUCUUUAACAAAUAAAACACUAUCAGAAGUUCAUCAUAUACUCCAAAGUUGUCCUCAAGUGACGAGUCUUACAAUUGAAUACGAUGUGUCGAUAAUGGAAUCGGUUAAAUUAGCAACCGGACCUCUACUAAUUGAAAUCGAGAGACCGUGUAAUGAGGAUUUAGGGUUAUUUUUAAGCAAUCAAAGAUACUCUGACGAUGUUUAUAGUUCUGGAUCUGAUACUUAUCAAAGAGUUGGAACUAGCAAUGCUAUUUACAUAGACAGUAUCCUUCCAGCUAGUAUCAGUGAUCGAUGUGGUGCAUUACAUCCUGGAGAUCAGCUCCUCGCAUUUGAUGACCACGUUAUAGAUGGUAACAACUACACAGCAGAGGAGGUUAUGUGCUAUCUUGAAAACUGCGAGGCUGGUUUUACAAGAUUACAUAUUGCCCCACGACACAUACUGAGCCACGGCGGAAGAUUUACUAGAGAUAAUUCAAUGUCGGGUUCAUCAACUUUAAAUCCUAAAAAGCAUCGGCAAUGGAAUUAUCGACAGAGCUCCAUGCCUAAAUUAGGUCCACAAGAAGAUUACGAUGGUCAGCAGAAUUACAUGAGUUUGGGCAUGUGUCGUAGUGAAUCGUUGAAUAUACAACUGGAAGUGCCUCCAGGACAAACCAGCGGUUUGGCAGUUCAUGAUGAAAACGGUCUCUUAAUUAUAUCACACGUUGCCACACAGUCACCGGCGUAUCGAACCGGCUGCUUACAAGUUAGAGACCGAGUAAUGUCUAUUAAUGGUCACGAGAAUCUCACUUGUGAUGUAGCCAAUGAGAUAUUACAGAGGAGAAACGACUCUCACAAUCCUAAAUACCUCACCCUUAAUAUUGAAUUCAGUAUGCCUAAUGCUAUUGAAGCUUCAAGUGGAGUGUUUAACGUUAAGCUCGCCAAAACGUCAGCAGGUCUCGGCGUAACAAUAACAGGCUGCAAACAGAAGUUGCUUACUAAUGAAGAACCCAUGGUAAUAUCAGAUAUCAAGCCAGGAUCUGUUGCUCACCGAAGCGGCGCUUUGGCACCAGGGGACCAACUUCUCGCCAUAAACGGACAGCCUUUACAUAACCUGUCCCUGGACACAGCCUUCAACAUACUUCAGAAUUCACCAGAAGACAUAAUAACUUUGAAAAUACGAAAGCGUGAUCUAACGGAAGACUGGUCCAAUAUUCACAAACAUAACGCAAAAUUGACAUUACAGAGCUUCAGUAACAUUGAAACAAAGGCUGUCGUUCAUAGCGGGGAAGAUUCAGGUCACCAUACGGGUAGUCCCAACAAUAGUGCCAAAGAUAGUGAAAGAAGUCACGGCAGUGAUAAUGGAACUGUAGUUUUUAUGGUUGAGUUGAUAAGACAAGAAAACGGUCCCCUAGGACUUACGAUAGCGGGAAGUGAAGACGUCACACAGGCCAUCUUAUUAAGUGGUUUGGUUGAAGGUGGACUAGCUGAAAAAUGUGGGAAAUUGUCAGUCGGGGACGAAUUACUGAGUAUUAAUGGAGAAAGCGUGUUGAAUAAACCAUUAUCGGAGGCCAUUAAACUAUUACAACAGAGCGGGAAACGCGUUCAACUACAAAUGUGUAGAAAAAUAACUGGUUCCCUUGACUGUGCUGAAUCUAGUGUACGGGAUUCCAGUCAUUCCACAUCCAGUCCAGGGCUCUCAAACGACAGCGCUGUUGAAUCCUGGGAUCAAAACACGCCAGUUAGAGUUAGUGCUAAUUGCGGUAAUUCCGAAGUAAUAGAAUAUGCGGUUCCCGACAAGAGCCGAAUAAUAGAUAAGCAGCCCUACUCACCGACAGAUGAGGAUAAACUUUUAGCUUGUAGUUUCAAUUCAACAACUCCGUACACGGUGCACGAUUUGCCUCUCCCGAAUUAUUCACUCAAUAAUUCUCUGAAGACCUUCCACUACGAAAAUACAUGUAUCAUUCCAGAGAACACUUUGAAAAAUAAACAGAAUAUAACAAGAGAAGAUGAUGUUCAACAAAUUGAAAUUCUGACAAGCAACAUGAAAGACUGUCAGUUACAUAAUAUGGAAAAAAGUUCGUGUAAAUGUGAUUAUGUACAAAUGGGACCUUAUGGUAUCGUGUCACCAAAAAAUAGACGCCCAAAUUGGGACAGCGAUUACUUGAGUAAUGGUAUUUACACUGUCACAACUCCACAGAAGUCACCCUUAAAGCCAAAUGUUCCCGGCCCCAGUUUUCAGUUUACAACAAGUCCUAUUUAUGAAAACGACGUACCCAGUAUUUAUGGUAGUGAAACUCUUUCACCAGCUCGAGGUUCUGUCCAUCACGUAAUUUUAUAUAAGGACGCAAUUUAUGAUGACUAUGGAUUCUCUGUAUCCGAUGGGUUGUAUGAAAGAGGAGUGUAUAUUAAUCGUAUAAGGAAGGGAGGGCCGGCUGAUAUAGUAGGGCUGUUGAGACCCUACGACAGAAUUUUACAGGUGAACGGCACAAGAACUGUGGACUACGACUGCUGUCUUACAGUGCCUUUGAUAGCAGCAGCCGGAGAUAGGUUGGAAAUUGUUGUCCAAAGGAAUGUUACAUCUAGAGAUCUCAAAAACCAGAGACAUGAAGACAGUUCAAGCCCUAGUGAAAGUAGUAUCGUGACUAAGACCAUAUAGUGCAUAACCCGCCUUUAGUGAAAAGACACAAAAAAGUGCUAAAGGUUACGUUACAUUUGUCAUUUUAUAUUAUAAGUACUUUCAAAUGCCUACGCAUUUUGGAUUAUAGUGAAACUAAGAUACUUACAAGCGAAAAAACUAUAUGAUUUGCACAAAUACAUAACAUAGGCCAAUGGAUACGCCAAAGAUAUUGUAUACAACUGUAUACAUUUGAAGUGACGGGGAAGAAAAUAGCGCUUAGUCUCAAAGUUUUUAGAAAAGGUAAUAAACACGGACUAAUAUGAUGAAAUAUAUCUGUAAUAUUAUGUAAAGAACUCUCAAAAUCAAUUUAUUGAAAAUCGACACGUUCAGUUGGGAGAUUCGGAUAUUCUAACCUCUUCCUUGAACAUCCCAUUUUCCUUUAUCCGUUCCUAUACUCACCUGUCCCACGGGGUAAUAAUGUCAGUACAUCCAAUUGGUUUCACGUGGCAUAUUCCCAAAAGUGAUGACAACGUUCGAUAAUAAACACAAAGGAUUUGGUUAUUCAGUUGAACCUAAGAAAUAGCAACAUCGAAAUCAAGGCUUACAAAGUUUUUAACAAGUUUUUUACAUUAAAUAUAUAGAUGUAGAUAACAGAAGAAUUUUUAAAAAUUUUCGUUACAUUAAAAAAGUGAAGAAAAAAUAAAAAAAAUAUAUACAAUCAGCUUUAAGUUUAACUGGAACUACUUUAUACUGUUAAAUUCGUUUUUCAUUUCGUAAAAUAGCCACAAGUUUGUUAAAUUUUAGCUAGAAUGAAAUUUUAUGUAAUUUAGUUAUUUUUGAUCAUGCACAAAACUAUAAAUAUUUUGUGUAUCAUUAUAUCGCUGUUAGUAUAAAUGAUUGUAAUUCGGCUAAUUUUUAUGUCAACUCGAUUACAUAGCAAUCAUAUAAACUAACCUAGUACUUACUGUGAGUAAAAUUGUUAAGGUAUGCUGAUAUUGUUACAAAAAUGUACAUAACGAUUUAUUAGUUAAAUUGUGUAGCGUUACUGUUGUUGACAGACUGAUAGUUAUUGUAAAACAGUAGAUAAGCAAAAUGAAAUUUACGUAAUACGACAAAAAUAUUAAUAUUGUGUAAUAUGUAUUACAGAAUGUCUUAUGUAAGAUUUUGGACUAUUAAUAAUGCUUUGUACCUUUGUAAGUUUAAUCAUUGUCGCUGAAAUCAGAUGAAAAUAAGACGAAUGCUAUAGAGAGUAAAAUUUAGAUACUUUCUUUAAAAAAAUGCAAAAAAUACACAGAAGUGUAAUUUAACAUAAUUUUGUAUUCUGGGUAAUAAUGAAUGCUUGUUCAAAUUAUGUCAUGGGAACGACUAAAUUUCAAAAUGAAAUAAUAUGUCAUUACCUUUAAUCAAAAAAUAUACAGUUAGAACAUGUACUAAUUUUUAUUCAGCCAUUUUACCGUGGGUAAAUGGGCUUAAAGUUACUGCUAUUUUUGUCAUAAUAAUAAAAACUUAAAUGACCUUGGUCUAAUAAAGUAUACACAUUUUUGUACAUUUAAAAUCAUCUAUAACAAUUUUUUUUUUUAUGUAAACAUAUUUCUUUUUUUACACUAUAUAGCAAAAACAAAGAAUUAUAUUGCUUUAAGAGCUUUGUACUUAAUUGAAUGAUAUUAUGAACACAUGUUAUGUGAUUUGGAUAUUGUAAUUCACCGAUAACAUGUAGAUAAUUUUACAUUUUAUUUUUAUACUCCUUAAAUAAGAAUAAUUUAUAAUUGUCAAUUAAUGUUUAACUAAAAAUAAAUAGAAUAAAGCAUAGCUCCAUUCAAUUUAAUAAAAUAUGUGUGACA